AUGGAUCAACAUAUUGCUGAUAAAGCUAUCUGCGAACUCAAUGGGAGUGUUAAACGUUUUUCAAGACAAAUCAUUAUGCUUGAGGGAGUUAAACAAGAAAGCAAAGAGCUCAAAAACAAUCUUUAUAACGCGUUUAUGCGUCAUCAUGAAAGACGUUAUCCUCUUAUAUCAACUAGUCGUGUACAUGAGUAUCUGCUUAAAGAAAGGAACGCCUUAGCUCGCAUUGCUGUAACUGAAGUUGUUAAAGAUGAAUUAUAUCAUGAACUUCAAAACCCACUAAGCAAGUUUUGGCAACAGAUUGAUUUAGAGUCUGCGAUUAAUAUUUGCUACUUUGAUACAGACUUGGGAAAAAUAGUGCCACCUGAGGAUAAAGGUCUUGUAAUAAUUUUACGUAAUCAUUUAUUCAAUUUUUUAGAAUCACCGAUUAUAUUUAUGAAUAAUCAAUUAAGUACAACACUUAAGGUUAUAGAAGAAGAUGAAGAACCAGAGGAAGAAUUAUCAAAAUCAAAGGAAUUCAAUAAAGAAGAAAAAGCUGAGACAUCCGUUUAA